UAUAUUUCAUUUUGAUUCUAUACACAGUUGUUUCUCUUCUUGUGACCCAGUUAACAAUAGGCAUUGUGGGAAAUAUGUCAAGAAAACAAAGUGCAGGAAAUAUGUGAAAACUAUAGCAUUUGAGCAGUUUAAAAAAACAUUAUCAUAACAAAACAUUAAGAUGUAAUCACAAGAAAUAUGCAGAGUGCAUUUAGAAUGGCUACAAAAAGUUGUGUCCCCAAAUUCAGAAGUGAUUCUGAUGAAGAAGUUAACCAGGAGGUUCCCUCAAACUAUGCUGGGAACCAGACUGCCCAGAAACCCAUCCAGCGUGCACCUCGGUCCAUGACAGACCCGGUCUGGAAGACUCCGCGGAAUCCCCCAGCACCACCUCAGAUCUCCUUGCCAACUUCACAAGCAAGCCGAGAAUACAACUGGCAGGGUAACAUGACCUCAGUGAGGGAGAAAAAUUCUGUCAUGUACAACAAUCCACUUAUGGCCGAUGUUUAUUUCACAGUUGGAUCUGGCAACAACAAGCAGAGAAUUGCUGCACACAAGUAUGUGCUAGCCACUGGUAGCUCUGUGUUCUAUGCCAUGUUUUAUGGUGGACUGGCAGAUCAGAAGGAUGACAUUGAUUUACCGGAUGUUGAACCUGUAGCUUUCCAAAAUCUUCUUAGGUACCUUUAUUGUGAUGAGAUAAACUUGGCAGCUGACAAUGUUUUAUCUACAUUGUAUGUUGCUAAAAAGUACAUAGUUCCAUUCCUAGCCCGUGCCUGUGUACAGUAUCUGGAGACAAGCCUCAGUGCAAGGAAUGCAUGCAUUCUACUGUGUCAGGGAAGACUGUUUGAGGAGCAAGAACUCAUGGAACAAUGCUGGGAAGUGAUUGAUGCUCAGGCAGAAGAAGCGCUUGCUUCAGAUGGUUUUGUUGACAUUGACUUUAGCACUCUGGAAAGUGUAUUAUUACGCGAAACUCUCAAUGCACGGGAAGUUACAGUUUUCAAUGCAGCUUGUCGAUGGGCAGAAGCACAGUGCCGUAGACGCGAAGUUGAACCUUCUGCAGAAAACAAGAGGAAAGUUCUUGGAGAGUCUUUCAAUUUGAUAAGAAUUCCUUCCAUGUCAUUGGAAGAAUUUGCUAACGGCCCAGCCCAGUCUGGGAUCCUUUCCCAUAAGGAGACUACAGAUAUAUUUCUCUACUUUACCGCAAACAAUAAACCUGAACUUCCAUUUAAACGCAAGUCGAGAUCUGGCCUGUUACCACAAAAAUGUCACAGAUUUCAAUCAUCUGCCUAUCGCAGCAAUCAAUGGCGUUACAGGGGUCGUUGUGACAGUAUACAAUUUGCUGUUGACCGCAGGGUAUUCAUUGCUGGGUUUGGACUCUAUGGUUCUAGCAAUGGUGCAAUGGAAUACCAGGUGAAAGUUGAACUCAAAAAGGACGGCAUAAUUUUAGGGCAGAGUUUCUUAAGAUUUUUCUCAGACGGUUCCAGUAAUACAUUUCCAGUCAUGUUUGAUAAUCCAAUUCAAGUGGAGCCAGAAACAUUCUACACUGCUAGCGCAAUUCUAGACGGACCAGAGCUCAGCUAUUUUGGACAAGAAGGGAUGGCAGAGAUACAGUGUGGAAAAGUGACAUUUCAAUUCCAGUGUUCAUCUGACAGUACAAAUGGCACAGGUGUGCAAGGAGGGCAAAUUCCAGAAAUUAUUUUCUACUCCUAAAAUCUUUAUACACUUCAAAGCAUUGAACUGACAAUUCCUCUCAAGCAUUAUUAAAAGAAAAUGCUAUCCUUUUCACAUAAUACUAACUCCUAGAAAGUGUUCAAUUUUCAUCUUUAAAAUCCCAUAUUACACAAAACUAUAUACUUUGAAUAUUAAUAUUUUAAACCAAUGUACUGGUAUAUUGUAUUUUUAUAUGAUAAUUUAAGACAGACAACAGUUACUGUAUUGUUAUGUCAGUAAAACUGUUUAGUCUGUUUUAUAUCUGAAUUUACUAUACAAUGUAAAUAUCUUUUUAUGCUAUAAAAUGCAUCACAUUUAUUAUAACAUCUUCAUAAGAAAUGGGAAACAUUUAGUGGGAAUUUACUCUUGACAUCAUUUCAGUUUCUUAAUUGAGGGUUCAUAAUAACUCACUAUAAGCAUGCUCUGCUGUAUUGUAUAAGGAACUUCCUAAGCUUUAAAUUUGUAAUUGUCCAUAUGUUAUUUUGGGUAUAUGUUAAAGGAACUCCACUGACUGACUGAGGUCAGAAAGAUUUGAAUUUCUUACAAAGAUCAUCUGUGGCAUUUAAAACAGAAAUAUAUGCAAAGGAUAGUUAAGAAAUAUACUCAGAAAUAAAUUGAAAAUCGAAUAUUAGUGCUAUUCUUCGCCCGAUUUUAUUGAAAAGUCUAACCUUUUCAAUUUUUGAUCAGUUUUCACAGUUAAUUAGAAUAAUUAUUCUGGAAAUAUGGAGCAAGGGCAUGAUCUGAAUUUUGUUACAGCAAGCAACAAUAUUAAUAUAUGUAUCAAAUGGAACAUUAAUUUUGGAAAAUGAUUGCCAGUCCCUUCGUGUCUAAAAAAAACCUCAGUGGAGUCCCUUUAAAAUAUCAAGCAAGCAACAAUAUUAAUAUAUGUAUCAACUUAUACAGUGCUUAAACUUGUAUAAUUGCAUUUCCUUGCUUUAAUCAAGUAAUUUACUAUCAUUUGCUGUGAUAAUGAAUGCAAAAUACUAAAAUUUAUGACCAACUUCCAAGCUGGUCCAAUUCUUUAUUUGUGAUAUUUAUCAUGCCAGUAACUAUUGCUGUUAGCUUUUUCAAAAAGAAAUUUCCCUCAGUUUAAACAAGUAUUGUGUUGAACAAUUAAUAGGUGCAAUUAUAAUAAAGAUAUAAGCUUGAUUGUUUUCAUGUAGUUUAAUAAUACCAUGUACUGUUUACAAUUAUUUUGUACAAAUAAAAUAUAAUAUUAA